GCGGCUCCUCCGUCCGAGCCUCCGGUUAGUUUUAAAGAAGAGCAGCAGAGCGACACCAUGAACCAAGUGGAUUCUGUCCAGCAGCAGCGGACUGGAAGUGUGUGUUUGGAGGAGAAAGUGCAGAAGAAACGCCUCCAUCAUCCGCAGGACGUCGUUCUGAAGCAAACCUCCGUGUUGCCUCCAGAUGUCCAGAAGGUGUUGGUGAUUAAAGAGGAGGUUCCUUGGAGCCCCUGUACAGACCAACAGGACCAAGAAUUCCUUCACAUCAAGGAGGAACAGGAGGAACUGUGGACCAGUCAGGAGGGAGAGCAGCUUAAUGGACAGGAGGAGACUGAUAUCAGCAGGUUUUCAUUCACUGCUGUUCGUGUGAAGAGUGAAUAUGAUGAAGAAAAACCUCAGUCAUCAAAGGCAGAACAUCCAACCAGCAGCUCAGCUAAACGGAUUAAAACAGAACCUGAUGGAGAGGACUGCGGAGGACCAAAACCAGCCAGGAACCCAGAUCUGAGUGGUUGUUUACAACCAAAUUCUGAUGAAAAGACUUCAGACCGUUCUGAGAUCGAAGUCAGUAUUGAUGAUUGUAAUGAUCCUGAGGAUGAGGAUGAAGAUGAAGAUGAGGAAGAGUGGCAAGAACCUUUGACGGAGUCUGAAGACAGUGACAAAGAUUGGAAGGAGACCAAAGCACCUGAGUCCGCUGUAAAUAGUAAUGUGGGAUGUAACACUGAGAAAAAGCCUUUUAGCUGCACUGAGUUUGAUAAACUAUUUCUCAGCAAGCAAAAUGUAGAUCAACGGAUGAGAGUUUUCACAGGAGAGAAACCAUUAGGUUGCAAUUUUUGUGGUAAAAUAUUUAGACACCAUUGUAGCCUUAAAAAGCACAUGAGAGUCCACUCUGGAGAGAAACCGUUUGGUUGUGACAUUUGCGGUAAAAGAUUUACUCAAAGCGCACAUCUGAAGACACACACAAGAGUCCACACAGGAGAGAAACCGUACGCUUGUACUGUUUGUGAUAAGAGAUACACACAACGUGUGGAUCUGGAGACUCACAUGAGAGUCCACACGGGAGAGAAACCAUUUGCCUGCAAGGAUUGUGGUAAAAGAUUUAACCAAAAGGCACAUUUGACGGCGCACUUGAGAGUCCACACAGGUGAGAAGCCGUUUGCCUGCGAGGAUUGUGGUAAAAGAUAUACGCAACGAGUGGACCUGAAGAAACACAUGAGAGUUCACACGGGAGAGAAACCAUUUGGCUGUGAUGACUGUGGCAAAAGAUUUAACCAAAAGGCACAUUUGCAGAGACACAUGAAAGUCCACACAGGAGAGAAACCAUUCGGAUGUGACGAUUGUGGACAAAAGUUUACCCAGAAAGCACAUUUGACAACACACAUGAGAGUCCACACAGGAGAAGAGCCAUUUGUUUGCAGUGAAUGUGGACAAAGAUUUGUUUGGAAAACAAAUCUGAAGAGACACAUGAGAGUCCACACAGUAGAAACUGAUUAGGGGGAAAUAUUUAUCAUGUGGAAGUGUGUUGGAGGGUUAUGGGACUUGGUUUUCCACCAGAGGCAAUAACAUGUGCACAAAACUGGGUGUAUUUUUGGCUAUUUAACCCUCUGAACUCCAAAAACCCAGGAUUCAAAGGCUUGUUGUCACUUAAAAAAAAAUAAAUAAAAAAUUACACCAUUUAUCAGAGCCAGAAACUGUAGAAACAAAAAGAAUCGCUGGAUUUUUAACUCUUUAAAUGAAACAAGUGAGUAGCGUGCAUCUGUUCCAUUAAAAUUGCGAUAUUAAACAAAAAAAAAAUCACUUUAAUCUACGUCUCAUUGAGAAAUUUGCUAAUAAUAAACUUUAAUCUCAUCAGGUUAUGUAAAAGAGAAAAAAAAUCUGUGAUUGUGACAGAUUUACCCUUUCUCUUGAACUGCAGGCCAUGUAAUCAUUUGUCAGAAUAGGAAAUAUUAUGCAUACAGUGCUAAUUACAGUAAGACGCUCAUCGUUAAACAUGUGAUAACUAGAAUCUAGAGAAUGUUUGUCCAUUCUGGUAGUAAUUGUAUUAGAACGCGUAGAGAAAUAUAUAUUAAUUGAUGCAUAUUUAUCAGCAUAUUUCAAGAAAUAUAGAUUAACUGACAUUUGAUUUGACAAGUUGCAGUUAGGCAAACUUUUGUUACACAUCAGUGGCUGUGUGGACAAAUGAGUGAUUUAUCUUAAUUAUUAAAGUAUAAGAUAUAAACUGCGUAGAAGUUUUGAUUUGUUUUAAUAAGCCACACCCAUAUUAAUCACUCAUUACUAAAUUUACUGCAGUCAUGAGCCUAGAUUGUGCAAUUUUGACAUUUAACCCAACAGAUUUUUGGCGCCCCUAGAGGUGAAGUGCAAUACAACUUUAAUGUGUAAGUUUAGUGGAAACGUGAACAUGCGUGUCAGAUGUUUGGUUGAUAUUCAGUGCAAACUUUCCAUGAAGACCAAUGUUAAUAAAACUUGUAAAAUCAAAACGGUUCGAUGCUUUCAAAUGUCUUUUACAAAUUAAAACCAACGAACUCUGUAGAUGAUCAGUUUUGGUCCACUGUUUUCUCACAAAAUACCAAAAACGUGAAAGAAAAUGAAGGGAAAUGUUCAAAAUUUUACAUUUUUUAGAGCAGAAGACCAAUAAAGGACCAAUGAAGAUGAAAAUUACAGCCAGAUAGUUAAACUUAACAAUCACAGCGCCUCCUUGUGGUCAGUGAAAGUCGUUUUAUGUGCCCGAGUAGUGAGUAGAAUGUACAACCCAUAAAACACAAUGAUGAGGUUUCUCUUGAAUGAAUGUGCAGCCCCAGGGCAUCAUGGGAAACACCUGGACCCCAGCUGAUUUGUUCAGAUGUUAAUGUGAGUCUUCAUGUUAGUUUCAAUGGACAGAUUUUUAAUUCUGUCAUAAUUAAUACCUUCAAACUACUAUCAAACCAACAAUAUUUUAUUAAAACUGAUUCAGAACCAACAAGAUUUGAGUCUCUUUGUUUUUGCUGCUUUGUAUUCUAAUUUACUUGUCACAGUUAUUAUUAAUCAUAUUGCUUCCAUCCAUGCUAUUUUUUGUGUUUUACUUCUUCCUGCAUCUCCUCUACUUCCUGUUAGAUUCUCAUGCUUUCUGUUAAACUUUGAUCCCCUUUGUUUCCAGUGACUCAACCCUCGUUAGUUUCACCUGAGUCUCGUUACCCCAUCAGCUCUCUGAGUAUUUAGGUUUUUUGUGAAUUACCACCGUGUUUCUCUGUCACAUCUUCCAUUUGUACUUCUCUCUGUGCUCAUAAAGUUUUGCUGCAUUUGGA